GAAGCGCUCAGGUACAGGAGUGUAUAUUGAUAUGGAGAUGAUCAGUGAGAGACAGUGAUCAGUAAAGAUGCUUUAUCUCUCUGUGUGUCUGUGUGUUCUCGGGGUAAAGCAGCAGCAGCAGCAGCAGCAGCAGCGGCGGGGGUUUAAACGGGUGUUUGUUCAGUCCUGGUGAAUUAAAGGCUAAAUAAUAAAUCUGAGAGUAUAGUAGAUAGUUAGUGUGUGUAUAACGUUAUUUAUCUAGCUGUUGGUCUGAGGCCUGGACUCUUCAUGGCGCACUAUAUACCAGGUAGAGUAGAAGGCCCAUGGGGUGGCUUUUCUUCAGGCCUGGUGGAGGAAGAGGAGGAAAAGUACAUGGACAGCAAUGCAAACUUCCAUUUCACCCUCUCUGAUUACCUCCAGAGCCUCCAUAUCUCUGACCAGGUUCAUCCAGAGAGCCCCACCGAUAUGAUGCUGCUGAAGAAGGAGCAGAAAGAUGCUGAGCUGGAUAAGAAGAUAGAAGCUCUGCGCAAGAAGAAUGAAGCUCUUAUGAAGCGGUAUCAGGAGGUGGAGGAGGAUAAGAAGCGGGCGGAACAGGAGGGAAUGGCCCUGCAGAGCCGUAAGGGAAAAGUCGAGGACCUCACCAUCACCAUCAACAAGUCCCCCACUGAGAAGCGUGUGGUGACUAAGAAGGGUUCAGGAGGUUUGAGCCCUAAAGUUCAGCAGGAUCAGGGAGAGGAGAGGCCGGGGAAUUUCAGCGGAGGCCGAGGAAAAAGGAGGCAUCUGCUGGUCACCAUGCCAGGAAAUAUCAAGGGGAAGAGGGUGGUCAGUGAGCGGGUGGAUGGGAACAGUCCUCCAGGCUCUUCUGGAGUAAAAUACCCCAGUGAGGAGAAAGACGAGGUGCAGGAAGCGUCAGCAGGUGGAAGAAACUGCGUAAACACCAGGAGAAACACAGGAAACCAGCAAACUGAGGUAUCUGACGCCCUUCACCCCUCUGACCUGGACACCCCCACGUCCAGCGAGGAGCAGCUGGAGUACCUGCGCUGGAAGAAAGAGCGAGAGGAGAUCGAUAGAGAGCGAGUGGCGCGCCAUAAGAACUCGCAGGGUCAGUGGAGGAGAGCCUGGGACAUGGACAAACCCGAGCUUAUGUUUUCUGAGAAAGGAGCAGCAGAGAGAGGAGCAGCAGGCAGAGGUGGAAGAAGCAGCAAAAGAGGACAUUUAAGAUCCUCUCCAGCAGAAAGUCGAGGUAACUCAGCUCGACAUCGGGAGAAAAGAGAGAAGAAUGUUCCGGUUGUUGGAAGCAAAGCGAAAGGAAAGGAUCGUCUGACAGGCAGAGCCAGGAGAUGGGAUGCAAAAGUGGAAGAGGAUCAGUUACAGGCAUGUCCAGACACCAGUUUAGAGGAGUUUUUGGAGGAGCUGGAUGCUCUUUGUGACUCAGAGUUCGACAGCAGCUCUCCACAAACAGAGACCCAGAAUGGAUUCAGACUAUCCGUGGGAGCCUGUGCUGAUCUCAGAUCAGAGCUUCCAGAACACCACCAUCCUCCAGAAUCAGCGAACACGGAGUCACCCGGCACUAAAAGCACUGAGAAAAAGGUUCGGUUUUCAGAAGACCUCAUUCAGGGAGCUUACGAGAAGAACACUACCAACACCGGCCUGACCGAUACGAAGGCCAGUUCCUUAAAGAGCACGUCACAGACUAAAACAGCAGCUGAGGAGAAGGAGGAAGCACAGCAGACCUCGGAUCAGAACCAGGACUGCAUCAAAAACACCCAGGAACAAGAGACCAGAGCCAUCCUCCCCUCAGAAGAUCAGAGCAGAACAUCGGGUCAGGAAGAUGAGCAGGACACGCCUGUAGAAGAACAUCCAGAGACUGAGAGCGGACAUAAAGAAGUGGCAGAUCACAGCAUCGGUUCUCAAAACGCUUGUGACGCCUCCAAACACGAUUCCACUGAAGAGGAGCUUUUUCAUCCUGUGGAGCGUCUGAAGAGCAGCACCUCCAGAAGCACUGAAGAGCUGAUUGACUCCAGUCUCUCAGUUUUGAGUUUGGAAUCUGGGGAGCCUCUUCCCGACCACAGCACUAGCACUGAGAAGGCCAGAGAGAACGGGAAGAUCGUCUAGACGGAGCCUUUCUUCAUCUUCACACCUGAAUCGAGACUUAAGACUGAAACCAUGAAACCAAAACGAGCAAAAUGCCGUUCUGCAGUUUGCCUGUUUAAGUUCAUUACAACUCCAGCAGUGGUUCUGUGUGGAUCUAACGCUAAAUUGGCAUACUGAUUGUUUUACCUACUGUAUUUAACUCUUUCUGCUAAUUCAUAGGUUGGAGGGGUAACUUGAAACGGUAUGUUUUUUUGACUGAGUGAUGAGUAGGUGAGGAUUGAGGAAACAGGAAGGUAAAGCUAAAGGUAAAGGUAAUGUAUCUUGUUGAAAAGAUCAUUUUAAAAGGUUUGGAAGUAAAUCUACUUCUGAUUUACUGUGUGCCUGACUUUUAACAUCAGCCUGGCUUUUGUGGUUUGAUGAGUUUGCAAGGAAAUUAGGCUAAAAGCACUAUACAGCAUAUUGAAUGUCUAACUGAAGUCCUUUGACGCCUGUGUGUUUAUGCAAAGGAAGGAGGAGAUUCUAAAAUUUGCCCCUAAACAGAAGCACACACGGCUUUCCACCUUAUCAAGUCACUGGACACCAUGCGGAAGCCUCUUUACUUUCCAUUAGAGAGUAUAUUUAUUUUUCUAAACACGUUUUCAGACUUGGGGAGGUGGGAUUUUGGAGAGAAGACAGUUUAAAAGCAAUGUUUACUGCUUUAAAGUACGUUUCUAAGCACUUUAUUUUGUAAGAAUGUUGAUGAAAUGUUCCAGUUGUUGAAUUUUCACUUGCUAAAUGCUGUACGUUGAGACUCAAAACCCCUUUAAGAGUGAACUUUUGACAGCUGACAUCUUUUCCAGGUUUUAGUUGCUUCGACUAAAUAUUGUUCAGAUGUCAAAGGUGACAAAAAUGCUUUGUGAUAUAUUUGCGCAUUCAUAUUUGCGAUAUAUUCUGACAUAUAGGCAGAGAACAGCACACUGGAUACUACAGUAUAAUCUAUCAUCAUCCAUUUUUUCAGUACUUCUGAACAUAAUGGAGCAUAUAGGAGCCAUUUGUAGUUUAAUUACCGUAUUUUUCGCAUUAUAAGGUGCACCUAAAAUCUUAAAAAUUGUAUGUAUGACUUCUACCAGUCAGGUAUUAAGGAGCAGUAAAGCCACUCCACUGAAGUACAGAGUUAUACAGGAGUUUCAGUAAAGUUUCUCCAGCAAUGAGACUGGAGCAAAGCUAGCAUUAGCUGCUAACCACGCUAAUAACUAUCUCUUUUGCCGUCCAGAGGUGAGAGUUAUCGGACUGUAGGCCACUGGUAACCCCGGCUAGCACUGUUGUAGCAGCAUUAGCAUUGCCCGCUAACCAUGCUAAGCGCUAGCUCUUUUAUUGUUCAGAGUUGAGUAUAUCAGACUGUAGUCUGCAUGUUUACCAUGUUUAAAACAAGCUACGCGGGACGAACCGCUAGCUGAUAUCGCCUUGGCUAACUGGAACACUCAGGGUUCCUCAGUGUAGCGCUGUUGGGUGGAAUGCUAAUGCUAAUGCUCCAGCCUUAGUGCUGGAGAGAUUUGGAAAUCUAAGCUUACUGGAAAUAAAUGGAAGCACUUUACUCCCCAAAAUAAACAGUUUUUAGAAGAUAAAUCUGUGUAGAUUAAUAUAAAGCACUCGUUUGACUUUAAAAGAAAGUAUUUUUUUAUUACAGUUUUGUUUACUCAACUUAGCUUAGCUUAACAUGUCUCGCCACCCAGCAGAAAGACUGCUGAAUUAGAAGGAAAACAUGGCGACACCCCUAUUCCUUUCUAGUGUUGCUUAAAAUGUGAUUUAUAAUCCUGUGCGCCUUAUAUAGUGCGAAACAUACGGUGAUCCAAAACAUAUUUCUUUAUAGAUGUGAGACUAUAAAAUCUAUAUACACUUUCCCAAAUUAAAGAACAUCAGCUUGGCCUAUUAAAUGAGUCAAACCAGUAAAUAUUGCAAAUUACAAAUAAUUAAAUGGCCUGUUAAUGUAAAGUAGGUUCGAUCACAUGUUUUAAGAGUGAUCUUCAGGUUCUCAUUUUCACUGUUCUCAGUUCUGCUCUUGGUUCUUCACCAAUGUUUCACUACAGCAGUACAGUAAUUGUUACAGGCCAUUUCAGUGUAAGUAAAACUGUAUCAGUAGAGCUUCUAACUAAAAGCGUAAUAAAUUUAAACAAAUGAUCAGUAUUUGUUUUUUUGCGCAUGGAGUCAGUGGCUAAUUUAAUAUUUAGGUUUUUUCUUAUUUAGUAUUUUUUAAUAUCGCUCUGAUAAAUAUUUACAUCGCCACUGUUACUUUGUGCUCAUGAAGGUUUGAAACCAACUUUGUGUACUGCAUAUUAAAAGUGACUUUGGCUCACA